UGCCGGUGUUGCUGCUGGUAGGCGGGGUAGUGGCCCUUGUCGUGGUCGCUGUGGUCGUCGCAUCCCUCAUCCUCUGUAAUAAACGACACUCUACCAUCAAAGAACGGACCAAUCGCUUCCGUGGCAGUGUGUACGAUUACCUUGGGCGACGUACAGUGAGAUUUAGCAAAGGUUCGCCAGUGCCGGAGAAGCAGCCAGCACUGACGGUGGUUCCUGGGCCUCAAGUGGCGAACAUGUACUCCGCCCCUUCCGACACCAAGCUCUCCGAGGACCUCACGCCCACGCCCUCACACCCGCCCUUCGAGGAACUUACGCCCACAAACGACGCCAAGGUGCGGACAGUACACGCCCUUAACAGAUUAAGCGGUGACUCUGGCCACACCUUUAUCCCUGACCCUGAUAGUGAAGGCGGGCGAGGCUACGUGCCCUUCGUGGACUACAGCGGGAGGGACUAUGCGCCAGUACCCAACGGUAGGCGGGCGUCCUUCAGCGACCUGGGGCCCUACACCCACCCUCCGCCCCCUACCUCUCUCUCCUCCGCCGCCCCGGACUUCUGCACCAUCAGAAGAGGCACCAGAGCGCACGACCUGGGUGGCGAGAACGGGAGGACCACCACCCUCCUGGGGGGCACAACGACGGUGGGGUCCAACUACCACGACACAUCAACGACCUUAAGACACAACGGCAACACCCAUACUCUCUCCCGCCACUCCGCCGCUUACGCCACCCUCCGCAACACCACCUACGGCUCCCCUCCGCCCCCGCCUUACCCCAAGAACGCCAAAAUAGGAUCCCCGCGAGGAGCUACGUCUCCUACGGCAUCCCUCACCCUCUCUAACUCCGUGGUUCACGCCGUGGAGGACCGAGGAUCACCUGAAGCCAAGUAUAUCUUCUCGCCGGAGGCCAUGAUGAAGCCCGGCACGCUGGUGUGACCCCGAGCUUCUUACCACGCCUCUCCUCCUCCUUAUCCCACUUCUUGAUGUGUUGAUGAAACAUGUAGGAACAACAAAACCUACAGGAGCUGGGAUCCCACCGUAGGACUCUUGAGGGAGCUUACUAGACGCCCCUACGCUCGUCCUCGAUAUCACGUAGGUUAUAUAGAGACUACCUGAGGUCUCAGCCAAUUCUGGAUAUCAUGUAGGACUCCUGAGUGACUACUAUGAGGCUCCCACGACAAUUCUGGAUGUCGGUUAGCUGUCGAGCUACAGAACACUCCCGAAUCUAUCGUAGAACUUUCAUAAGGGUAUUAUAGGACUCUGUGAAGCUGCUUCAGGCUCUGAUGCCGGUCCUGAAUAUUACAUAGAACUUUUGAGAGGGUACUGAACGCUCGUAUGUCAAUCCUGGAAUUUAAGGAACUAAGGAGGCUCCUAUGCCAGUCCUGACCUCUGGCUCUUUCAUAGGAUAUUGGAGUCCUUCAAUUAAGAGUGGAGGAUGAAUUAGCGAGAUAAUACUUCACGGCUUCACCUGUAUUAUGGGGUUUCCUCCUUCCUUGUGGAUCUUCAGCUACUUCUGUAGGUGUUUAGCUCUCCUGUAGGGCCUCCAUCCUUCUGUGGGACUAUUUCCAGAACUUGGCCUCUCAACUCCUCUGUGGGUCUCCACUACCUGUGUUGAAUUACUGGUAAUGGGACCUCCACAUCCUCUGUGGGGUCUGUGAAGAUAUACUGACUAGGUAUUCAGGUUCUCAUCAAAGUCAAGUAGCCUCAGUCAUACCUUAAAAGAAUAUUAGAGGGAGCUGUCGAAGUGGCUCUCCAGUCUAGCAGCGAGUCAUUACCCGCGGCUAUCAGCGCCGGGGCCACAAGUCUGCUGCCAUAACGACCUUGCAAACGCUAGCAAGUGCACUCCCGCUUCGCUUGGUAUUCGAAAACGAGUCUUAGACGAUUUUAUUGAUAAUGAAAUGGCUCUUAUCCUGGAAAUUUUUUGAGCUGGAGCGCAGCAAAGGAGUGACCGUGUGU